AUCCCUCACACCGUCCUUUACUUCCUUCUUGCUUGCGCUCCAGAACAAAACCUUCUCCUACAAGUCUACGCGUCUGUCUUUCUUAUUCCAACAUGUCUAACAAGGCUGAAUCAUCUGAUACUAAGGGAGCGAAGAAGGACUUUAGCACGGCGAUUUUGGAGCGCAAGAAGGCGCCAAAUCGGUUGGUUGUUGAUGAGGCCAUUAACGAUGACAAUUCUGUCGUCGCCCUCCACCCGGACACCAUGGAAAAACUACAGAUGUUUCGUGGUGACACGAUUUGAUUAAGGGAAAGAAAAGGAGAGAUACAAUCUGCAUAACCCUUGCUGAUGACACAUGUGAUGAAGCGAAGAUAAGAAUGAACAAGGUUGUGAGAAACAACCUUAGGGUUAGGCUCGGUGAUGUUGUUUCUGUCCAUCAGUGUGCUGAUGUCAAAUAUGGCAAGCGAGUCCACAUUCUUCCUAUUGAUGACACUAUUGAAGGGGUGACCGGAAGUCUCUUUGACGCAUACUUAAAACCUUAUUUUCUGGAGGCAUAUCGCCCAGUGAGGAAGGGCGACUUAUUCCUUGUCAGAGGGGGGAUGAGAAGUGUAGAAUUCAAGAUUAUUGAAACUGACCCUCCGGAGUAUUGUGUUGUUGCACCAGACACUGAGAUCUUUUGCGAAGGAGAGCCUGUGAAGAGGGAAGAUGAGGAUAGGUUAGAUGAUGUUGGUUAUGAUGAUGUUGGUGGCGUAAGAAAGCAGAUGGCCCAGAUAAGGGAAUUGGUGGAAUUGCCACUGAGGCAUCCACAAUUAUUCAAGUCCAUUGGUGUUAAGCCACCGAAAGGGAUUUUGUUGUAUGGGCCACCUGGGUCAGGCAAGACUUUAAUUGCCCGAGCUGUUGCAAAUGAAACUGGUGCCUUCUUUUUCUGCAUUAAUGGACCUGAGAUCAUGUCAAAAUUGGCUGGUGAGAGUGAAAGCAACCUGAGGAAGGCAUUUGAGGAAGCUGAAAAGAAUGCACCAUCUAUCAUCUUCAUAGAUGAGAUAGAUUCUAUAGCUCCCAAGAGGGAGAAGACUCAUGGAGAAGUUGAGAGAAGGAUUGUAUCCCAGCUGUUGACACUCAUGGAUGGGCUAAAAGCACGUGCACAUGUAAUUGUUAUUGGAGCCACAAAUCGUCCGAACAGCAUUGACCCUGCUCUUAGGAGGUUUGGAAGGUUUGACCGGGAGAUAGAUAUCGGUGUUCCAGAUGAAGUUGGCCGUCUUGAGGUGCUACGUAUCCACACAAAGAAUAUGAAGCUUGCUGAAGAUGUUGAUUUGGAAAAAAUUUCGAAGAAUACGCAUGGCUAUGUUGGUGCUGAUCUUGCUGCUCUGUGUACUGAAGCUGCCCUUCAAUGCAUCAGAGAGAAAAUGGAUGUGAUUGACCUGGAAGAUGAAACAAUUGAUGCUGAGAUACUGAACUCAAUGGCUGUGACAAAUGAACAUUUUCAGACUGCUCUCGGAUCAAGCAACCCUUCUGCUCUCCGUGAAACAGUUGUUGAAGUGCCCAAUGUCAGCUGGGAUGAUAUUGGUGGCCUUGAGAACGUUAAGAGAGAACUCCAAGAGACUGUUCAAUAUCCCGUGGAACACCCUGAAAAAUUCGAGAAGUUUGGAAUGUCCCCAUCAAAGGGGGUUCUUUUCUAUGGGCCUCCUGGAUGUGGAAAGACGCUUUUGGCUAAAGCUAUUGCCAAUGAAUGCCAGGCAAACUUCAUCAGUGUUAAAGGUCCUGAGCUACUUACAAUGUGGUUUGGAGAAAGUGAGGCUAAUGUGCGGGAAAUAUUUGACAAGGCCCGUGGUUCUGCUCCAUGUGUCCUGUUCUUUGAUGAACUUGACUCAAUUGCAACUCAGAGAGGUAGCAGUGUAGGAGAUGCUGGGGGUGCUGCUGACAGGGUUUUGAAUCAACUCCUUACAGAAAUGGAUGGGAUGUCAGCUAAGAAAACUGUGUUCAUCAUUGGGGCCACCAACCGACCGGACAUCAUAGACCCUGCACUUCUGCGCCCUGGUCGUCUAGACCAGUUGAUCUAUAUCCCCCUCCCAGAUGAGGAAUCCCGCUAUCAGAUAUUUAAAUCUUGCCUGCGAAAAUCCCCCGUUGCAAAGGAUGUUGAUCUUAGAGCUCUUGCCAAGUAUACUCAGGGCUUUAGUGGUGCUGAUAUUACUGAGAUUUGCCAGCGUGCAUGCAAGUAUGCCAUACGAGAGAACAUUGAAAAGGACAUUGAAAGAGAACGGAGGAGAAGUGAGAAUCCAGAGGCGAUGGAGGAGGAUGUGGAAGAUGAGGUGGCGGAAAUUAAGGCCGCUCAUUUCGAGGAAUCCAUGAAGUAUGCUCGGAGGAGUGUAAGUGAUGCUGACAUUCGCAAGUACCAGGCAUUUGCCCAAACAUUACAGCAGUCCAGAGGAUUCGGAACGGAGUUCAGGUUCCCUGACAGCGGCUCUGCCGGUGCUGCUACCGCCUCGGCCGACCCUUUUGCAGCUGCUGGCGCGGUUGAUGAUGAUGAUCUUUACAGUUAGGUCAAACACGGCGUUUGUAUUUACGCAUUUAUUUAUACUUAUACAUUUAUGUAUUUUUCAUUUUGGGAAUCAAGUCUCUUAGGGCUUCCAUUUGAUUGUUUAUCACUUCAUUGUUUGAAAGAAUGAUAUCCUACAUAAUUUUAUAUUAUUAAAACUCAUCAGUUUCUCUCC